UGUUUGAGAGAGGUGGACCACUUUUUCUUGAAAUAAUAAUAACAUAAGAUAUGAAUAUGAUUGAUUCCUUUCUCCCCCACGUAAUUUCAGCUUGGCUCAUAAGUCAGUGGUACUCUCUAUUAGUCUCCUUUUUGUUCCAAAAGAUGCCCCAAAAUCAAAGCUAGCAGCUGAGAUUAGGUAUGUAUUUAGAGCCACCCACACAAGAAACCAAAACACGGCAGUCAUAAUGUCUCAGCAACUCAGAUAAUCAAUCAUUAUUUUUGUUUGAUGAGGAAAACAACAGAAACAGAAAGGAACAACCUCCAUGAACAUGUCACUUCUUCUUCUUAUUGUCACACUCUUGAUGGCUACAGUUAAAGUUGCAGUUACAUCUUCUUCUGAUGCUGUUACGCUGCUUAUGAGAUUCAAGAACUCCCAUGUCUCCUCUGAUUCAAACAACUUCCUGGCUGACUGGUCCUCCUCCAAGCCCUGCACGUGGAGGGGCAUCACGUGCUCCCCCCAAGGUGAAGUCACAUCCAUCAACCUCACCGGAGCAGGCCUCGCUGGCACCCUUGACCUCCCUACUCUCACGGCUUUGCCUUCUCUGCACCACCUUGUGUUGCGUGGCAACUACUUCUCCUUAGGGAAUCUCUCAGUCUCUUCCUUCUGCGCUCUGCAGACGCUUGAUCUUUCCUCCAACAACUUCUCUGGAAACUUUCCCUUCCACCAACUUCUUCCAUGUCGAGCUCUCACCUAUCUCAACUUGUCAAGGAAUCUGAUUACUGGCGCCACGGCCACCCCUUUUGGCUUCGCUGCUUCUCUGCUUCAGCUUGACUUGUCGAGGAACCAGGUUUCCCAGCCUGAGAUUUUGACUUACACUCUCUCCAAUUGUCAGGCUUUGACUCUGCUUAAUUUGUCUGACAACCGAGUCUCUGCUCAACUCAGUGAAACUAGUCUUGCUGCUUCUUGUGCCAACCUCACUACUCUCGACCUCUCCCAUAAUCAGCUCUCCGGGGAGUUGCCGCCGAGUUUCGUGGGGGAUUCUUUGGAGCUUUUGGAUCUCUCUGGCAACAACUUUUCAGGGAUGUUCUCCAGGUUUGGGUUUGGGAGCUGCAGGAACCUUGUUAGGUUGAGUUUAUCUCACAAUGUGGUCUCUGGUGGAGAGUUUCCAAGCAGCCUGAGGAAUUGCCAGGCUCUGGAGACUCUGGAUCUUUCUCACAAUGACCUUGGACCAAUCAUUCCAGGGGCUCUUCUUGCAGGUCUCAAGAGCUUGAAGGAACUCUUUUUGGGGAGAAAUAACUUGAUAGGGGAGAUUCCUGCUGAGCUUGGAAUGGCUUGUGAUUCUCUUGUGGUUCUUGAUCUCUCUGAUAAUAAGCUUUCGGGUGAGUUGCCUUUGACUUUUGGGGACUGUUCUUCUCUGCAGAGUCUUAACCUUGCUAAGAAUUAUCUCCAUGGAGAUUUCCUCACUUCAGUUGUAAGCAAACUUUCAAGUCUUAGGUACCUUUAUGUGGCAUUCAAUAACAUCACAGGGCCUGUUCCUCUCUCUCUUGCCAAUUGCACACAGCUUCAGGUUCUUGACCUCAGUUCCAAUGGCUUCACCGGCACCAUCCCCUCUGGCUUUUGCUCUUCUUCCUCGCCUCUCCAAAAGAUGCUUCUUGCUGACAAUUAUCUGGAAGGGAGGGUGCCUGCGGAGCUUGGUGGCUGCAAGAAUUUGAGGACAAUUGAUUUCAGCUUCAACAAUUUGAAUGGCCCUAUACCCUCUCCAGUUUGGUCCCUUCCCAAUCUUUCAGACUUGAUUAUGUGGGCUAACAACCUUACAGGAGAGAUUCAUGAAGGCAUAUGCAGCAAUGGAGGAAACCUUGAGACCUUAAUUCUUAACAACAAUUUCAUAUCAGGCUCCAUUCCAAGCUCAAUUGCCAAUUGCACCAACAUGGUUUGGGUCUCACUGGCAAGCAACCACAUUACCGGGGAAAUACCUGCCGGAAUUGGGAAUCUAAAGAAACUUGCCAUCCUCCAAUUAGGCAACAAUUCACUUGCCGGAGGGAUCCCACCAGAGCUUGGGAAAUGUGAAAGCCUCAUAUGGUUAGAUUUGAAUAGUAACAACCUCACUGGUACUAUCCCCUCUGAUCUUGCCAAUCAAGCUGGCUUGGUUAUGCCCGGAACUGUUUCUGGGAAGCAGUUUGCAUUUGUGAGAAAUGAAGGUGGGACAAGCUGCAGGGGAGCCGGAGGUUUGGUUGAAUUCGAAGAUAUCAAGGCUGCAAGGCUUGAGAGUUUUCCUAUGGUGCAUUCCUGUCCAUUAACUCGAAUAUACUCCGGCGUCACGGUUUAUACAUUUUCCAAGAAUGGCAGCAUGAUCUACCUUGAUCUUUCCUACAAUUUCUUGUCUGGAAGCAUUCCUGCAAGCUUAGGCGCAAUGUCCUAUUUACAGGUCCUGAAUCUGGGACACAAUAAGCUGUUUGGGAACAUUCCAGAGAGCUUUGGUGGUCUAAAAGCAAUAGGAGUGCUUGAUCUCUCCCACAAUAACCUUCAAGGACUCAUCCCUGCUUCAUUAGGAGCUCUAUCUUUUCUGAGUGACCUUGAUGUCUCCAAUAAUAACCUCACAGGCACCAUUCCCACCGGUGGUCAGCUAACAACUUUCCCUUCAUCUAGAUACGAAAACAACUCUAAUCUUUGUGGUGUUCCUUUGCCCCCUUGCCACGGCGCUUUGAAUCGGAAUCAUGCAGCAGGUUUCCAUGCUUGGAAGAAGAAGCAACCUAUUGUGACCGGGAUUGUGAUUGGGCUUGUUUUCUUUGUGUUGUUUUUUGUUGCCUUUGUUCUUGCUUUGUAUCAAGUGAAGAAGUACCAUUGGAAGGAGGAACAGAGAGAAAAGUACAUAGAAAGUCUUCCAACUUCAGGUAGCAGCAGUUGGAAACUAUCAAGCAUUCCUGAGCCUCUCAGCAUCAAUGUUGCCACCUUUGAGAAACCACUGCGAAAGUUGACAUUCGCGCAUCUUCUCGAGGCUACUAACGGUUUCAGUGCCGAAACCUUGAUAGGGUCUGGUGGUUUUGGUGAAGUCUACAAGGCUAAGCUGAAAGAUGGUUGUGUUGUUGCUAUCAAGAAGCUUAUUCAUGUAACAGGCCAGGGAGACAGAGAGUUCAUGGCUGAAAUGGAAACCAUUGGAAAGAUUAAGCACAGAAACCUUGUUCCACUGCUGGGUUACUGUAAAAUUGGAGAGGAGAGGCUUCUUGUGUAUGAGUACAUGAAAUGGGGAAGUCUAGAUGCUGUUCUUCAUGAUCAUGCCAGAUCGAAGCUUGAUUGGGGAGCAAGAAAGAAGAUUGCCAUAGGGUCAGCAAGAGGACUUGCAUUUCUACACCAUAGUUGUAUUCCUCACAUUAUACACCGCGACAUGAAGUCCAGCAACAUUCUUCUUGAUGAAAAUUUUGAGGCUAGAGUUUCAGAUUUUGGCAUGGCAAGAUUGGUUAAUGCCCUGGACACUCAUCUCAGUGUGAGCACACUUGCUGGAACACCAGGUUAUGUACCUCCUGAGUACUAUCAGAGUUUUAGGUGCACAACAAAGGGUGAUGUCUAUAGUUAUGGUGUCAUACUUCUAGAGCUUUUAUCCGGGAAGAGGCCGAUUGACUCGUCCGAGUUUGGCGAUGACAACAAUCUGGUUGGAUGGUGUAAGCAACUUCACAAAGAGAAAAGAAGUAGUGAAAUUCUAGAUCCUCACUUAAUCAAGCAAGCAUCUAGUGAAGGUGAACUCUACCAGUGUUUGAGAAUUGCCUUUGAGUGUUUAGAUGAGAGACCGUAUCGGAGACCAACUAUGAUUCAAGUCAUGGCAAUGUUUAAGGAGAUUCAAGCUGAUACAGAUAAUGAUGUCCUUGAUGCCUUCUCUAUGAAAUGCAAUGUCAUUAAGGAAGCAUAACAAGAAUUACUGCAAGACUCAUAGCCCUUUGAAAAAUGAAAGCAAUUCUGUUCUCAUCUAUCCUUUUGAAAUUGGAAAAGGGUUCUUUCACCUUUUGAUCAAUGUAUAUAUAAGACAAAGGCUAUGGUGGAUUGAAUUGAAUGAAAGGUUGAAUGCUGAGGUUAUAAAACAGAGUUCUAUGUUCUCUUUUUUCCUGCUGAUUGUGUUUUCAGUCACAUGAAAUUGGUAGAUACAUUAUUUUUUUUUUUCCUAUUAACUUCUGUAAUCUCAUGGUCAACCUCAAUUUUGCUAAUGCUUUCAAUGCCAUGUUUUUCUUUUUCAUUCUUUUCUGUCAUUACUAGCACAGUUUUGCUCCCUUGUGUCAUUCAUAUGAUGCAACUUAAAAUUGUUAUUGUUUAUAAAUGCUAGAAUCUUAUGUAUGUAUAUAAAUGAAGGCAAUGAAAACUACUUUUGUUAUA